UCAUCACGUACGAGGUACCUAGGAAACCACUUUACGGGGGUUAUGCGAUUAGUUUCUCGGAAGCUUUAUUCCACAAUAUUUGUGUUCCGUGGCUGAAUUUUCAAUUUCGCUGAGUUAAUUUUUCUUGUAACUUAAUCUGUAACAAAGUUUAAAUCGUUGUACAUUCGCAAAAAAAAUAGUCGAGAAUGCCCAAAGAUCCGGCGGUCCCGUACCAACAAGCUGUGAGACUUCGCCAUUAGUUUCCGAAAUUUUACAGCCAUGUUACAGACGAAACUUUACUGUUGUGUCUAGGCCGCCCCUCACAAUACAAAUUUUAAUCGAAAUGCUUCGCAAAGUGGAAAUAAGCAAAAAUUAUGGGAUUAAUACCAGAAUGUUUGCAACAUCGAUUAUGCAUGGAGUGGUUUUUGAUGGUAUCCAAAGAUCCCCAGGUGUUCAAGUAGACGACGCGUUUGCAAUUCCUUACGCAGCCUCUUUGAAUAAAUUUCACAAAUACAAAGUGAUCGUGGACUACUUGAUAUCCGGAAGAAUGUCGCAGUUUCCCAUCGAAACACUGACGCAAAGUGAAUUUUGUUUCCUACAUCGACUCACUUCAAAUACUGUUGAUGUGUAUGAGAGGGGAGACGAAAGGUCGACUUGCGAAGACAACAGUUUAAUGCCCAGUUCACUUUUAACUACCACCCCAUUAAGCAACUGCCCUUUGAAGCUUGGAAACGUAAAAACAAAGUGGGGCCCCGUAUCGGUAUCCCACCUAAUUGCAGGAAUAGCGGCUGGAUUGCAGCAGGAACAAGUCACUUUCCAAAGGGUGUUUGAAGCUAUUCAUUACCAUAAAGGAGUUAGGAAGGCCUACUAUCAAUCUGGAUCAAAUGAGACUAACUCGACUCAGGAAGUUGAUGCUGUACUUUUCGCCGCCAUAGCCGGAGAUUUAGGCGAAGUUCUUUUGAGUCAAGCCUCAGAAAAUCCUAUAAUCGGUAAUCAGGGAUAUUGGCAUGAUACCCUGAUGCCGAGAGCGUUUUAUUUGAAAUCUCAACAAUGGGACUUAACGGAAGCUGAAAUUCUUGCAGGAAUUGACGCGGCUAUAAUCGGGAAAAAAACUCAAUAUCUUCUCAAUAUUCUAAGCAGCACCAGAUUAUCACAGCUUCUGGAUAUGUAUUAUUCAGACCGCGGUAUUCCUUAUGAAUUCCAUUUUAAAGUAACUAACAGGACUGAAGCUUUGCGGUAUCUAUAUCAGAAUAUUGAUUUUUCUAAUCAGAUAUAUGGCGCAACGAAACUGCUCCAAGCCAUUAAAGGCACGUACAGUUUUACGUUAACGAAUAGCUAUAUUCAGACGCUAUCCAAUUUACAUGCAGCGGACUACAGAGAAAAAGCAGGAUCAAUAGUAAACAACUACGAUAAAACUGAAUUUGUUUCUGUCAAUCAGUUGGCGGCCAGUUUGGAAGUAAUAGUUAUUCUGGAUGGCACUUUUGAUUCAUAUUCCACGCAACAAAUGGUGUAUUUGCUUUCCGAAGCUAUCGAUGUCUCUUACUACGGAAGUAGAUUGGGAAUUAUCAACGGCCAAACUGGAGCAUGGAUAACCAAUGUAACGCAGGAAAAUUUUGAAAUCUUUCGCAGUUUUCAAGUGAUGGAUCAAGAAGGAGCAUGGCCAGUUACAUUGUCUCUCGGUCGAAGCCUGGAAACCGUGAUAGAAUACUACCAGAACAGAACCCAAUUGGACUGUAGUGUGAAAGUCAUGAAUCCCAUUGGUCAAGCAGUCGUCGUUUUUGGUGGAGAUGGAAGAUUGACGACUUCUGAUAACACCAGGGCCAGAAGGUCUCUUGAAACCAUUAAGCAGGCCUAUCCGCAAACCGUUAUGGUCUAUGUUAGUCAGGAUGUGGAUGGCGUAUUAAAGGAAUUAUCUCUUAAUGAAGACGACUCCCUGGUAAAUCCUUCCACCGAUGUGCUUUCUACAGUAGCAAAAAUAGCGGAAAAACUGAGCGUUAUUCCUGCCAGUUUGAUCAAGUUCUACUGCAAUCAUUCGGAUGUGCGUUUCGAGCAUUAUGCCACACCAGGGGUGGAGACGGUUUUUCAAAUCCAUAGGGAAUAUAUCAAACGUGGCUACGUAAAUACUAAGUUUAUGAAUAAGUACUACGGUGACCUCUCCAUCUGCUUCUUCACGAGCCGGACGUAUACAAAUAACCGGCAAUGUCAUCCAUUAACGGUAAACAGUGAGAUCAGUUUUAAUUCUGGCAGUUUGUGUACUCCGGAUUCGUCCUGUGAUCUGCAGUACUCUCUCACGGCCAACAACAGUCAGAUCAAAUGCGCAGAAACUGACUGCCGGUACCCAGACCAAGUGCUGGUGAUAAUCACGUACAGCUACUCAUCCGGGGCAUCUAGUCUGGUAGCCAACUUUUGCGCCUUAUUUGGAUUAAUUUACUUAGUAAAAUACAUAUAAUCUUUCACAUCUUCAUAAGUGACUGAGAUCUGAAAGGAAAAACGCACUUUCCAGCCAAGUUGCGGAAAAUAAAAGUAGAUAGUUUUGUUUAAUCUCAACUGUAUGAUUAAAGUGAUACUUGACAUUAUUGAAUUUAGCAAAUUUUUACCUUAAUGCUUAGAUAUGCUUUAGACUAAGGCCAUAUACAAUGCAUGAAGAAUGUUGAAGCUAAUAAUAAAAAACAAACAGAAGCAAAUUAUAAAUUAGACUUGUCUCAAAAAACAAGGAAAAACUGCCAAAAAUCCUCUUAAUAAAAUAGUCCAUUUUGCUGUUUUACAUUUUGUGCUUCGAUGCCUGUUAUUUGAAUACCGUUAAAGUAUUAUUAGAUGUUUUUCGCCAUGACAUUCUUAACAAUUAUCGGGUUUUAACACAUAUCUGCGAAAUUAGAUGGCGAAUAUAUAAGAGUAUACUAUAUAAAUGUUUGCAGUAGAUGAACUACUCAGAAGUUUUCAUGCCGAAAACCAAAAAUCUGCUGACAAAUAUCUCAAAAUUCAUCUUCUUAAGGCUUUUGGUUUGCGAUUUUUGUAUGUAUUUAAGGUAAUAAAGAUGUAUGAUUUAUCCAGCGUGCUAAUUAGAUAAGAAAUAACAAGGCAAUGUUAAUUAAACUGUCUGCGUUAUAGAAUGUUGUUCAUUCAUUUAGUGCGAAACGAAGCAUCCCACGCCUGCGAGAACAUUUAUAUAAGUUGUGUUUGAAAGCUAAUAAAAACAUUUUUUUA